UAAUUAAUUUGUCCACGUUUCUCUCCUCCCCCACUCUUGAAUGUUUUCUUCAUCAAAAUUUCUGCUAUUCCCUAUUCAUCACCAUUUUCUGCCAUCGUUAUAGAGAAAAAAUUUAAAGUGAAUUUUUUGGUGUUGUUACCAAUUUCUUCUUCCAUACAAUUUCUUAGAAAAAGCUAUGUUUUUCACAAUGAAUGAGUGAGUGGGUUAUGUGAAAUUAAUUGGAGCAGAGAGAUAGAUGAGAUUAAUUGAGGAGAGAAAGAUGAAAUGAGGUUGAUUCAGCAGAGAGAGAUCUGGGAUUAAUUGAUGAGAGAGAAAGAUUAAUCCAACAUAGGAUAAUGUGGUGAGGAUGUAGGAUAUUAGGAUGUACUGAAUCCAUCUAACGGUUAAAAUCAAGUCUUGCAUCAUGCAAGGCAUUAGUGACUUGUGCACAGUAGAACUCGCCCUCUAUUAAUUAUUAGAAUGAAUAUUUUUUUUUUCUCUCAAAAAAUAACCUUUCAAGAUUUUUGUAAGUGAAAACUAACUCGGUGCUAAGUUACAAUUACGCUAGUAUCCAGUAGUAUAUCUACAAGCAAAGUAAUGCUGGUUCUGUGAAGUAAGUUGGUGAAGUGGAACAAUGCAAGUCUUCCCCAACUCUUAUCUUUUCACUUUCCCUAAACCCCUAAACCCUCCCUCUCCCCUUCUCCACUUCCACCGUCCUCCUCCUCCGUCCAUACUUCAUCAAAAAUCGCCACUCACCACUGUCGCCAAGUCCUACACCUCCGACGAGUUCCCCGUCGACGAAACCUUCAUCGAGACAUUCGGCCCCAAAAGCAAGGAAACGGAGGAGGAAGCUCGAAGACGCAACUGGAUUGAACGCGGCUGGGCUCCCUGGGAUGAAAUCCUCACUCCAGAAGCCGAAUUCGCGCGUACGAGUCUCAAUGAAGGUGAAGAAGUUCCUCUCAGUUCACCGGAAUCCAUUGAAGCUUUCAAAAUGUUGGACCCUAGGUACCGUAAGAAGAAGAUGGAGGAAAUGGGAUUGACGGAAGAGGAGUACCUCGCGAAGCAGUUCGAGAUUAAGGGAGAGAUUCCGGAGCCGUUGGUGACUAAGUGGGCGGGACCUUUGGUGGUAAGGUUAGUGCCACCGCGUGAUUGGCCGCCGAGAGGGUGGGAGGUGGAUCGGGAGGAACUGGCGUUUAUUCGAGAAGCACAUAAGGUGCAGACGAAGAGAGUGAGGUUGGAGGAUAUAGAAAAUGGAGUUAGAACUGAAACUGAUGAUGUGUGUUUGGAUAGGUAUAAGGUGUUUUUGAAACAGUACAACGAGUGGGUGGAAGCUAACAAGGAUAUAUUGGAAGAGGAAUCUUAUAAGAUUGACCAAGAUUAUUACCCUGGUAGAAGGAAAAGAGGCAAGGACUACAAGGAGGGCAUGUACGAGCUACCGUUCUAUUAUCCUGGCCAGGUUUGUGUGGGGAAGGUUACAACUUUGCAUCUCUAUCAAGGGGCAUUUGUUGACAUUGGCGGGGUAUAUGAUGGGUGGGUUCCUAUAAAGAACAAUGAUUGGUUUUGGAUUCGCCAUCAUAUAAAUGUGGGUAUGACUGUCAUUGUUGAAAUUACGGCAAAACGAGAUCCUUAUCGCUUCCGGUUCCCAAUCGAACUUCGUUUUGUUGAUCCAAAUAUAGAUCAUCUGAUCUUUAACAGAUUCGAGUUCCCACCAAUAUUUCACCGUGAGGAAGAUACUAAUCCUGAUGAAUUGCGGCGUGACUGUGGAAGACCUCCUGUUCCUAGAAAAGAUCCAAGAGACAAGCCAGAGGAAGAACCUCUAGUUUCUAAUCACCCAUAUGUCGAAAAGUUGUGGCAGAUUAAUGUAGCUGAGCAAAUGAUUUUGAAUGAUAUGGAUAUUAAUCCUGAUAAAUAUAAAGGCAAAACGUUGUCAGACUUGGUUGAUGAAGAUGAUUUUAAUGAAGAAAAUUCAGUUCGGCAAACAAAAAUUCAGUAUAAGAAUGCAUUAGUGCCAAAAGUAACUAUGAAAACUAGUGUCAAAGAGCUUGACUUAGAGGCUGCAAUUGCUGAGCGUGAGCACCAUAGGAAACUAUGGAAGGAAGCAAAGGACAGAGGUGAGGAAUACAAAAUCACCACAUUGAAGCGCAAUAUUGAGAUGGAUGAAUAUGAUUUCAUGCAUUGGCGUAGAUCAUUUGAGGAAAGAGAAGCAUUGAUUAGAGACAUCAGCUGUCGCAAAACUCUUGGUCUGCCAUUGGAGGAGCCAGGAAGGUAUGUAGAUGCUAGUUUUUUCGGUAAAGACAAGUACGAUCCUGAAAGUCCUCUGUAUCGAUAUGAUUAUUGGGGAGAACCCAAGAAUUCAGAAAAGAGCAGGAAAAAGCGGGUGAUAGAUAUUCAUAACCAAUCAAUUGUGGGCAAGAGUAAUGUUUGGUUUGAAAUGUCGUACGAAGAUAGCAUCAGACAUCAGCCCGAUGGGCAACAGGUUGAUGAGUAUACAAAGCAAGGUGAAGAUGCUGAAGAAGAGGAAGAUGAUGACGAUGAUGAUGACUUUGACUUAAGCAUUCUGAGCAGUCUUGGCAAUAAUGUCUCAGAUAAAAUUCAUGUUAACGGGACCGAGACUUCUAGACUGUCAGAAGGUCCGUUUGAGGAUUGAUGAUAUAAAAAAGCACUAGUGAGAAAAAUGUGUACAGUUAGGCUAUGAAUUAUGCAAAAAAUUUGCAUGUUAUUCGCAAUUUAGUUAAUAGUGUUAUUCGUGAUGUUUAAGAAAUUUGUCAUGGAAAGAUCAUCGCAACUGUUCCCAAAAACAAUAUAUUCUCUCCCUCAAAAAAUUAAUAUAUUUGGUGUAAAAAUGUAGACCAAAUACAUUUAUUGUUUCAUUUUUGCUUA